GGCCCACGUCACAGUGACAGAGGUCUUCGAACUCUUGGUACACCAUCGUCUACUCUACUGUUCUUGGCGGUGCUACUGUAUAUGUAUAUAAGUAGUCCCUUCCGUCAUCAACAUUAAGAAAAUAGGAGCAGCUUCACCUCGGAAGCUCAGACUCAGUAGGAUGCAACAAGAACAUGCCCAACCUUCAGUAACUCUCUCUCUCUCUCUCUCUCUCUCUCUCUGUGAUCGUACGAAACAUUUGUGCUGCUGUGUGACUGCAUUUUGGCAGAUGGUUGGUGCGAAGGGGUGUGAGAGAUGCAGGGACUGGCAGGAGCACUACUACUGGGAGCAUAUGGAUGCGAGCAAGAUCCGCUUCUUCAGGUGCAUGACAGGAGACUUUGCUCAUCGCAUUAGCGUGCCAGAGAAGUUCGCAAAGAACUUCAAGGGGCAGAUCACCGAAGAGUUUCACCUGAAAUCACCUAGCAGCGCUGAGACAUGGCACGUCGGUGUAGAGAAGCAUGGCGACAAACUAUUCCUCGUGUCAGGGUGGGAGAAUUUCGCCAAGGCUCAUGAGCUGGAGGAGAACGAUCUCCUGCUCUUCGCUUGCUCUGGAAACUCUUCCUUUGAGGUCCUAGUCUUCGGAGCAAGUGGCUGUGAGAAAGUGUCAUCCCUGUUUGGCAGUGGACUUGGUCCGGACAUGGGCAAACAAUUCAAUGAUGUGGUGCGUCGACAUGGUGUGCAUCACUCUGUGACUGUGAGUGAUUCUGAGGAUACCGUUGCGCCGUCCCAGCUGGUUCGAUCCCCUCGUAACGCCUUGCCUUUGAAGGAACCCAGUGGGAAGGCUAGACCAAGUAAAUAUGAAUCACCAAACUCCAGCAACUUCAUCGUCAGGCAUGUGGCAACUGGCAAAGAGGGCACUGAUGAUGAGUAUGCUAACUCAAACUACUACUAUUCGUUGUCUGCCAAUCGACUAGGAGACGAGGAAAAGGAAGAAAUAAUAGGUUUGGCUCCCAUCCGACCGAACAAUCCUGUAUUUGUGACCCUUCUGAGGAAAAACCAUGUUCAGCGCAGAAACAACUGUCUGAUCAUCCCAAGCAAGUUUGCUGCUGAUCAUCUUGGGGAAAGAGCGCACAACAUCAUACUUCGUAGGCCGAACAGGAAGGAGAAAUGGCAUGUCAGCUACUAUCACUCACGCCACACCCGGUGUUUCCAGAACUUAGCGCUGUUCAAGUUCACGCGCGAGAACAAGCUUCACGAGGGCGACAUCUGCGUCUUCGAACUGAUGAAAGGCGAGAGGAGAGUGACGAUGACCGUCCAUGUCGUCAGAAAGGCCAAUGGCCGGUUCAUUCUGGUAGUCUGAUCUGACGCAGUGCACCUGUACUGUUGUAGUUUAUGCAGUGUGUAGUGUGUAGGGGUACUAUGCAGGGGUAGCAUUGCAAACUGGAAGUGCCUAGUGAUGCUUGCAAGGAAUGCAACUGCGGUUUUGUGUCAUGUAAGGUAGCUUCCUGAUCAGCAGCAUGGCAAGUAGAACAAGGUGUGGCUUGUGUGUAAUAUAGAAGUUUCUAGGAAAAUGUUACACUGGCUUAUGCUUUUGUGCCUGCUUCAGAUCUCCCAUCUGGUACAGCAGUGCUUUUGAACUUCAGAAGUAUUAUUUCAAGGAGGAAAAAGGGAUUGUUGGUUGGUCUACCUGAGUUGGAUAUUAAAUAAAUUAAAUGUAAUUAA